AUGCAGCAACAUGUAGGAGAAGAAACAAAUCCAUUCACACUACCGUCUGAUGAAGAAGUUUUUCGGAUGCGAGAGACAGAUAAGUUACGAAAAGAUGAGGAAAAAAUUACAAACUCGCGACUCAAAGUAUACGAUAAGACCACAGCAUCGUCCAAGAUUGGGAAUUUUCGUCGCUUUCGCUCCAAUGACACACCAACUGGUCUUGAUGAUUACUCUUCGGUCCAUCAAACGCGUGGUCUCGUUGCUGCUGCAACUGCUACCAUUUCAAACGAUCGUCUUCGGGAAAGGGAAAGUAUGGCCGAAUUUAUCGCAAAAAAGCGAGAGAUGUUUCUUGUACAAAUGUCAUUGGAUACAAAGCGUGAGGAGAUUCGAAAACUUGAAGAAAGGGCUCAAUUGAAAGAAGAAGCUUUGAAAAAGAGUGAGUUGAUGCUUGAAGAAGACGCAGUUCGUUUUGAUACUUUUUUAAAAGAAAAUGACAAGAAAGCACACGAAGCAAUCAAACGGGCUGAGAAGGAAACAAAAGCGAAAACGGAGAAACUUCAGGAGAUUAAAAGGCUCAAUCAGCAAAUACAACUCGUGCAAAGUGACAUGUCAAAGCUCAGUGAACAACUUCAAGAUUGUCUUCACUUUAAAGCUUUUCUGGAUAAACUCACUCCACAGGAGUAUGAAAUGGAACAACGCGACAAGAAACGAGCACGACAAAUGGCUCGACUGCAAAAACGCAAGGAUCUAAUCUUGCGCGAGUGGGAGAUGCAAAAAUCAAAAGUUCUGGCUGAAAUUGAAGAGCAUGAACGUAAUGAAAAGGAACGUCCGGAUUCAAAGACGACUCGAAAAAAGACCGAGAAAACUGGCAAAGCCAAAGAGAUGGUUGUGCCGCCAAUGCCGAAUCUCGACAAUAUGCCGCUUACAAGUAGUGACGAAGAGAUUCCAAUGUACUUUCAGCAUCCACAACAGUUGCUUGAUAUGUUUACAGCAUUAGAAGAGAGCAAUCUUUUUUUGAUACAAAAUAGUCAAGAAACUGAACAAACGCUCGAAGAAUUAAAGCAAACGUACCGCGAAACGAAGAAAAGUAUGGAUAACAAAACACAGACACUUAAGACAAAUGUCGAGGGAUUGCAACAACAGAUCAACGUGGAAGAAAGUAAGGCAAGCCAAUUACGAUUGAGAUCUCAAAAUGGUGCUGGAGAAAAUGCACAAGAACGAAUGUUAAAAGACUUACAAGAUCGAGUUUUGGAAGUCUAUAAACGAUGUGGUUUUGAAACUGAGACGAAAUCAUCGACAUUGUACAUGUUGACAGACUUAGAAGCUCGCUUGGAAGACCUUUUAAGUGCUAUUGAGCAAAUGCCGGAAGAUUAUGUGAUAAAAGCGGAAAAAGAAAAGGAAAAAGAACGACGAGAACGUGUUCGUCAAGAACGAAUUGCACUGCAACAGAAAAUGUACGAUGAGCGAAUGAAAAAGUCUAUGGAAAGGAGUAUGCAGGCCCCGAAGAAACGUAAAGGGAGACAAGUGAUGUGGCGAUCGCAGUUAGCUCGACCGAUUAAACAGGCAGAAAAUGACAACAAAGUGGAUCAAGGAGAUGAAGCGGAUAAGCACCAUUUCAUCUGGUAA